GUGCACCGGUGUCCUAUUCUGGAAGCUACUUUCCGUUAUGUAUCCAAGAUAUAUCCAACUGGACUGCUGAAAUAUAGCCUAUCAGAGUGACUCACCAGGGAUGUAGUCUAGCCUAUGGGUGCCGUUAUAACUCUAGUAACAUUUUGGCAUUGGCUCAAAGUUUUGUUUAAAAUAUAUAUAUAUAUGGGCGGCUGGACAUUGGGCAACACAAGCCCGGUCGACAAAGUUACCUAAAUGAAAAUGUCCUCGAAUCUCAGCUCCCCAUCGCCGAACAACAGCAAUCUUUUCACCGCGAGCUACGAGAGGACGGACCUCACGGAGGCGCAAAGACAGAUGAGCCUGCUUCUGUUCGGCUUGUGCGUCGCCAUCGCCGCUCUUACCUUCUUGGGAAGUGUAUAUUCUCUAUUCUUUUUCAUUCGGAUGAAGUGGAAAACCAUCCUGUGGCUCAUCGUGGCUUCAAUGUCCGUGGACGACCUGCUCAGCGUGAUACCUCUCUCCCUCUUCAUGCUCCUACAGUGGGAGCGCGAUGGAGAGGGAGGGUCGGUGACCAUAUGCACGUUAUCGGGACUUCUCUAUGUGUUCCAAGGACUCUCCAGCAAUAUGAAGGCUUGCCUUAUCGCAGCCUAUACCUUUUAUGUUACCAAGCGAGAAGGAAGCCCUCGGCCGUUGAGGGUGAUGUUGGCGAUAGCAGGGGUGUGGGUCGUCAGCCUGGCGGUCAGUGUACUACCCCUGUGCGGCUGGGGGACUUUCACUCGGCUCUCUCUCGGCUGCUUCCCGGAGAGACGAGGCUUUUACCCUCUGAUCCUUUUCUCUUUGUACUCCGUGUGUUUCUGCGGAUUGGUGAUCUUCUUCGUUCCUCUCACCUACCAGCUUCUGUGUUCCAGAGAGCCACAGGGGACGUUAUACCCGAGCUACUUGGAUAUAGCCAGGGAUCUGACAGGGGACGGGUCUGCGCCUCUCUGCGAACUCCCGUCCUUCUCUCGGGAUAGCUUGGACAGAAGUUUCAGUACCUACAACGAGCUGAGCCUGGGUGGGCUGGGGAAAGGGUUAGGAGUGCGGGACAAAGUGGAAACAUAUACCUGUUCAAACCCUGCCUCUGACGGUGUACUGAGGGAUGGCGGCACCAUCUGUAACUGGGAAUCCCCGGUGUUCUUUGCACAAAAGCGCUUCUCCAUGAUCCUAGCGGUGGUACGAGUUGUCUUGUGGAUGCCUAUGAUGACUCUGGUGCUCGUGCGUCAUGCUGUAAACGCCAGCAGCUCAGACCUGGAGGCGGUAGAAACGGUGAGCUUCUUCCUGACCCUGCUGGCGCCUGCCGUCACGCCGGUAUUCAUACUCUCCGAUCGCUGGAUCCACCUUCCGUGCGGCUGCUUCAUCAACUGCCCGCGGGACACAGAGCGUGAGCCCACCGCAAAGAGGAGGUUGGAAUUUAACCUCUCCUUCCAAAAAGGGUUCGGAAUAUACAAGAUAUCGGACGAGACCAAACCCCACCGAAACCCGUCCAUCGAGAAGCCUUCCUAUUACAACUUCUUCAACUGCGACUUCACAGAAAACCAGUUUGCCGUGCUGGACAGCUCCGGGGUCGCGAGCCUGCAGGCCGAGCUGGAGUUCAGGACCCCACGUGCAGUCGAUAGUUCCCCACUGCGUGAACAUGGCGAGCUGCUUCUCGAGGUAGUGCCAGGUGGAGGAGAGACCCUGGCGCUGGCAGACUGCCUCCAAUUUCCUCACGAUAACCACAGAGACCAGGACCUCAACCUCACCGACACGUCGUCGGUGUUCGAGGGAACGGAACGGAGACUGUCGCAUGUAGAGUGCAGAAAAAUGGAGCUGAUGGACUGGGAGUGGUGUAGGAGUAAAUCCGAGAGGACCCCCAGACAGAGAUCUGUGGGAGGUCUGGCCCUCCCUCUGUGUGCCUUCCAGGGCACCGUCUCCCUGCAUGCCCCCACAGGGAAGACCCUCUCCCUCUCCACCUACGAGGUCAGCAGCGACGGCCUCACCAUCUCCCCCCACGCCACCAAGAAGGUGGAGGUCUACCGCUCAAAGUCUGUAGGCCACGAGCCCAGUGCAGACGACCCUACCACCGGGGGCCCGGCCGGGGGAGUGGGGACGGAGGUGGAGGUGGAAAUGCGGGACACCAAUGUGAAGAUCCACCUGGAGGUGUUGGAGAUCUGUGACAACGAGGAGGCCACGGACAGCGUGUCCAUCAUCUCGAACAUCAGCCAGUCGUCCACCCACGCCCGCUCCCCGUCGCUGCGCUAUUCUCGGAAGGAGAACCGCUUUGUCUCCUGUGACCUGGGGGAGACAGCCUCCUACUCACUGCUCAUCCCCAACAGUGGCAACCCCGAGGUGGACAACAUCAACAUCAACAUCCCUGACACGGUGGAGGCCCACCGGCAGAACAGUCGCAGGCAGAAACAGGAGACGGGAGGCUACCGCGAGGAGAUACAGCUGCUCAACGAAGCCUACAGGAAGCAGGAAGAGGACAGAGAAGACUGAUACACACAGGAAGCAGGAACAGACAGAGAAGGCUGAUAAACACACAGGAAGCAGGAAGUGGACAGAGAAGUCUGAUACACAUAGGAAGACAAUGAGUGGACAUAGAAUACCGAUGAGUACACAAAGGAUGCAGACUGGGAAUGCAUAACUAUAUAUUUUAAGUAUGUAUUUUGACUAAACAUUAGCUGCCACUGCCUAAAACUGCUGGGACACUUAUCCUGUGUCCAUUCUGUGAUCUAGAGGUCCAUUAUGUAUAGAUGUGAUGAGGUGAGGUGGAGAGAAGUGGAUGCAGGAAUAAGGGAUGAGAUGAGGUGGAGAGAAGGUGAUGCUGCAGGACUAAGGGAUGAGGUGGAGAGCAGGUGAUGCUGCAGGACUAAGGGAUGAGGUGGAGAGCAGGUGAUGCUGCAGGACUAAGGGGUGAGGUGAGGUGGAGAGAAGGUCAUGCAGGACUAAGGGAUGAGGUGGAGAGAAGGUGAUGCUGCAGGACUAAGGGGUGAGGUGAGGUGGAGAGAAGGUCAUGCAGGACUAAGGGGUGAGGUGGAGAGAAGGUGAUGCUGCAAGACUAAGGGAUGAGGUGGAGAGCAGGUGAUGCUGCAGGACUAAGGGGUGAGGUGGAGAGAAGAUGAUGCUGCAGGACUAAAGGAUGAGGUGGAGAGAAGGUGAUGCUGCAGGACUAAGGGGUGAGGUGGAGAGAAGGUGAUACUGCAGGACUAAAGGAUGAGGUGGAGAGCAGGUGAUGCUGCAGGACUAAGGGGUGAGGUGGAGAGCAGGUGAUGCUGCAGGACUAAGGGGUGAGGUGGAGAGAAGGUGAUGGUGCAGGACUAAGGGAUGAGGUGGAGAGCAGGUGAUGCUGCAGGACUAAGGGAUGAGAUGGAGAGAAGGUGAUGCUGCAGGACUAAGGGAUGAGGUAGAGAGAAGGUGAUGCAGGACUAAGGGAUGAAGUGGAGAGAAGGUGAUGCUGCAGGACUAAGGGAUGAGAUGGAGAGAAGGUGAUGCUGCAGGACUAAGGGAUGAGGUGGAGAGAAGAUGAUGCUGCAGGACUAAAGGAUGAGGUUGAGAGAAGGUGAUGCUGCAGGACUAAAGGAUGAGGUGGAGAGAAGGUGAUGCUGCAGGACUAAGGGGUGAGGUGGAGAGCAGGUGAUGCUGCAGGACUAAAGGAUGAGGUGGAGAGAAGGUGAUGCUGCAGGACUAAGGGGUGAGGUGGAGAGAAGGUGAUACAGGACUAAAGGUUAGCAGCACAAUAAAAGAGUGAAGACUGAAAGGGAGUGCAGAGAGAAAGGAUGGAGAGAAGAUUACCCAUGUUAGUAUUCCUUCCAGGGUCUCCAACAUAUGGCUGCCAAUGGGUAUGGCUGAGUCAUUCCACUGUGUGUGUGUUACAUACAGAUCAGUGUGUCUGUACUCGUAAUAUAAUCUGCUGAAAGCCUAGACUCAGAAUAGAUCAUUUACCUAUUUUAGAUAUAUUUACCAUACUGUUCAUUCUGCUGCUGUGAGACAAAACUAUCAUUUUAUGUAAAUCAGUCUGAAGAGAGAAAUAGAAGGUGCGAGAGAGAGAGAGAGAGAGAGAGA